UGGGUGCGCGGGGCGAGCUGCGCCAGCUGCGCUCCGCGGGCUCUCAGAGCGCUGGGCACCGGCCGGGCUGUGGUCCCCGCACGCCGCCGUCGCCUCUCGAGCGGGCUCGGCUCACAGUGACCGGCGGCCGGGGAGAUGUGAGCCGGGGCCGGCGGGCGCGGCCGGACCGCCGCGAUGUGGCUCAAGCCCGAGGAGGUGCUGCUGAAGAACGCGCUGAAGCUCUGGGUGACCCAGAAGAGCAGCUGCUACUUCAUCCUGCAGCGGCGCCGCGGGCACGGCGAGGGGGGCGGCCGCCUCACCGGUCGCCUGGUUGGCGCACUGGAUGCAGUGUUGGAUUCCAAUGCACGGGUCGCUCCAUUUCGAAUUCUGCUUCAAGUUCCCGGCUCCCAGGUUUAUUCUCCCAUAGCAUGUGGUGAGUUACUGAAUGGAUCAGACGUUUACUGGGCCAUAGCCACUGGUGCAACAUUAGAGGAAAUCAACCAGCACUGGGACUGGCUGGAACAAAAUCUCCUCCACACCUUGUCCGUCUUUGAUAAUAAAGAUGACAUUGCCAGUUUUGUCAAAGGGAAGGUAAAGGCUCUGAUAGCCGAGGAGACCAGCAGCAGGCUCGCUGAGCAGGAGGAGGAACCUGAGAAAUUCCGAGAAGCCCUGGUGAAGUUUGAGGCCAGGUUCAACUUCCCCGAGGCGGAGAAGCUGGUCACCUACUACUCCUGCUGCUGUUGGAAGGGCAGGGUGCCCCGCCAGGGCUGGCUGUACCUCAGCAUCAACCACCUCUGCUUCUACUCCUUCUUCCUGGGCAAGGAACUUAAACUUGUAGUUCCGUGGGUUGAUAUCCAGAAAUUAGAAAGAACGUCCAAUGUCUUUCUGACGGAUACCAUCCGAAUCACCACGCAGAAUAAGGAGCGUGACUUCUCCAUGUUCCUGAACCUGGAUGAGGUGUUUAAGGUCAUGGAGCAGCUGGCCGACGUGACGCUGCGAAGGCUGCUGGAUAAUGAGGUCUUUGACCUCGACCCCGAUCUGCAGGAGCCGAGCCAGAUCACCAAGAGGGACCUGGAAGCCAGAGCACAGAAUGAGUUCUUCCGGGCUUUCUUCAGGUUGCCAAGGAAGGAGAAGCUGCAUGCAGUUGUGGACUGUUCGCUCUGGACGCCGUUCAGUCGCUGUCACACCGUGGGGCGGAUGUUCGCCUCUGACAGCUACAUCUGCUUUGCCAGCAGAGAAGAUGGCUGCUGUAAGAUCAUCCUGCCACUCAGAGAGGUGGUGAGCAUCGAGAAGAUGGAGGACACGAGCCUGCUGCCACAUCCCAUCAUCAUCAGCAUCAGAAGCAAGGUGGCCUUCCAGUUCAUCGAACUCCGGGACCGAGACAGCCUGGUGGAGGCGCUGCUUGCGAGGUUGAAGCAGGUCCACGCCAACCACCCCGUGCAUUACGACACCUCUGUGGAUGAUGACAUGGUUUCACCCGUGUUUCAUUCAACAAGCAUGUGCAGUGACCACAGGUUUGGGGAUCUUGAAAUGGUGUCUUCUCAAAAUAGCGAGGAGAGUGAGAAAGAGAAGAGCCCGCUGCUGCACCCCGAUGCCCUGGUCACUGCCUUCCAGCAGUCAGGCAGCCAGAGCCCUGACUCCCGAAUGUCCAGAGAACAGAUAAAAAUAAGCCUGUGGAAUGACCACUUUGUGGAAUACGGCAGAACCGUGUGUAUGUUUCGCACAGAGAAGAUUCGGAAGCUCGUAGCCAUGGGCAUCCCUGAAUCUUUGCGUGGGAAACUCUGGCUUCUCUUCUCAGGGAGAGCCUCUUUUAGCUUCAGAGCCCUGGGGCCUCUCCCUGCGCCUAUUGGGGAACGCCUGGGAACCCUCAUCAGGACAUUUAAUGAUGGAUCGGCUGAGCCUGGGACCAAACUUCCCCAGGAUGCAGUGACGGAUCUCGCCUCACACCCUGGUUACUACGGGAAUCUGGUGGAGGAGUCCCUGGGGAAAUGCUGCCUCGUAACCGAGGAGAUAGAACGAGACCUGCACCGCUCUCUGCCAGAGCACCCUGCCUUCCAGAACGAAACGGGAAUCGCUGCUUUGAGGAGAGUCUUGACGGCCUAUGCCCACCGGAACCCCAAGAUUGGAUACUGCCAGUCCAUGAACAUCCUGACCUCCGUUCUGCUGCUGUACGCCAAGGAGGAGGAAGCCUUCUGGCUGCUGGUUGCUGUGUGUGAGCGGAUGCUGCCCGAUUACUUCAACCACCGUGUGAUCGGGGCGCAAGUGGACCAGUCUGUCUUCGAGGAGCUCAUCAAGGGUCACCUCCCAGAGCUGGCGGAGCACAUGAACGACCUCUCAGCCCUGGCAUCCGUCUCUCUCUCGUGGUUCCUGACCCUGUUCCUCAGCAUCAUGCCUCUAGAGAGUGCGGUGAAUGUGGUAGAUUGCUUCUUCUACGAUGGCAUCAAAGCCAUCUUCCAGCUGGGACUGGCUGUACUUGAGGCCAAUGCUGAGGACCUGUGCAGCAGCAAGGAUGAUGGCCAGGCCUUGAUGAUCCUCAGCAGGUUUCUAGAUCACAUUAAGAAUGAGGACAGCCCAGGGCCCCCAGUUGGCAGCCACCAUGCCUUUUUCUCCGACGACCAGGAGCCCUACCCUGUGACUGACAUUUCAGACCUGAUCCGGGAUUCCUAUGAGAAAUUUGGAGACCAGUCUGUGGAGCAGAUCGAGCACCUGCGUUACAAGCACAGGAUCAGGGUCCUCCAAGGCCAUGAGGACACCACAAAGCAGAACGUGCUUCGAGUCGUUAUCCCGGAAGUCUCAAUUCUUCCUGAAGACCUAGAGGAGCUCUAUGACUUAUUCAAGAGAGAACACAUGAUGAGCUGUUACUGGGAGCAGCCCAGGCCCAUGGCCUCACGCCACGACCCCAGCCGGCCCUAUGCCGAGCAGUACCGCAUAGAUGCCCGGCAGUUUGCACACCUGUUUCAGCUAGUCUCGCCCUGGACCUGUAGGGCCCACACGGAGAUCCUCGCUGAAAGGAUGUUCAGGCUCUUGGAUGACAACAUGGACCAGCUCAUUGAGUUCAAAGCAUUUGUGAGCUGCCUCGAUAUUAUGUAUAAUGGAGAAAUGAAUGAGAAGAUUAAACUAUUAUACAGGCUUCAUAUCCCUCCAGCACUCACUGAAAAUGACCGAGACAGCCAGUCGCCACUGAAGAAUCCUCUGUUGUCAACAUCGAGACCCCUGGUUUUUGGGAAACCCAAUGGUGAUGCAGUUGAUUAUCAGAAACAGCUGAAGCAGAUGAUUAAGGAUUUAGCCAAAGAAAAAGAUAAAACUCAGAAAGAAUUGCCCAAAAUGAGCCAGAGAGAAUUUAUCCAGUUCUGUAAAACUCUGUACAGUAUGUUCCAUGAAGAUCCGGAAGAAAAUGAUUUGUACCAAGCCAUAGCCACAGUCACCACACUGCUGCUGCAGAUCGGGGAGGUGGGGCAGCGAAGUAGCAGCUCUGAAAGCUGCUCCCAGGAGUGUGGGGAGGAGCUGCGGGCCUCAGCUCCUUCUCCUGAGGACUCAGUUUUUGCAGACACUGGGAAGACGCCCCAGGACUCCCAGGCAUUUCCAGAGGAGGCAGAAGGGGACUGGACUGUCUCCCUUGAACAUAUUUUAGCUUCACUUCUGACUGAACAGUCAUUAGUAAACUUUUUUGAAAAGCCACUGGACAUGAAAUCCAAACUUGAAAAUGCCAAGAUGAAUCAGUACAAUCUCAAAACUUUUGAAAUGAGCCACCAAUCACAGUCUGAACUUAAGCUGAGUAACUUGUAGCAAGAUAGAUAGCAGCUGCUAUGCACACUGGAGUCCGCCAUACCAAAGCACGAACCAGAUUGUUUCUUGGGGUCAGCCCUAAACCGAGAUUUCAGUCUGCUUUACAAAUGGGGCAUCUGGAUAAACAACCUGACAAAACUGUGGCCAGGGGAACCAACACAACCCUCAAGCAUCUCUGUGUAUUCUUUGAGAAUUGUCAGUGCCCUCGCGUAUCCAUUGGUUCCCUUGAUGCCAACCUACAAUUUUUACCAGAUUCGCUGAAACGGGCACUUCUGCUGUGAUUUUGCUCUCAGAUGAACAGUGUGUUAUACUAACCAAGAAGCAAGAAAAGCCCCAUGCUUUCAUUUUUCACUUGGAAUGACAAUGGGAGAGGUCAGGAAUCAAGUUCACUUUCAAGAUCUAAGGGAGUCCACUAUCUGUGCAAUUAAUUGUAUUUGGCUUUUUUUUUGCACUGUUUCAAUGCUGGUAAUUGAAACCAUUUUAAUAUAUUUGGUUGUAUUCACUUUAUAUGUCCUUCCAAAAAUGUUGUGUACAAACCAUGCUUUCAAUGUUGGCCUCCAAGUUUUUUAAUAAGAAACUUUUUGUAUUUA